UUUCCCCUCACUCCCUGCUUUUCCCUUUCUCCUUUGCCUUUGAAUGUUUUACUUACAGUUUGCUAUUUCUGAUUCCCCUACUUUCUUCUGGCUUCGGUCAGGGUCACCACUAAGGAAGCUUCAACAAUUUCUUGACCAGAAAAACAGGAAGCUUCAUCCACUCUAAGCUUUCCACUUGCUGAACAGUUCACAGUUUUUUCGCGGGCAAGAGUGUCAGAAACAGCAAAACUGCAAGUGCAGACUUGUCUUUAUUAAGGCAAAAAGGAAGUUGCAAGAAUAGGAAGAGCUAAUCGAAUUGAUAAAGCUGGAAUUUCAGGAGAAAAGAUAAGUUGCAUGAGAUGAGACAAGUUCAGGAGAUGGCUGUAGAGUUCGUCAAUGCCCUUAAUGCCGCCGCCGCCGCCGAGACUGAAUGUGCUAAAUUGAGGAGGCUGCUGGAAGAAGAGAGAAAGCUUGUGCAAAGGCUUAAACAAGAAAAAGAAGAUGAAGCACAAAUGGCCAAGAGAAAAUUUGAAAGGAUGAGUCAACGAUUAGCAGAGGCUCAAAAAGAUGUUGAGUACGCUGCAACCAGAGCUGAUGUUGCUGAGAAUGAAUGGGUUAAGUUAAAGAGAGAAUUACGAGAAGCUCAAGAGCUUGUGCGGUUGCCAAGGCCAGAAAGUGAGGAGACAAGGCAAAUCGUACUGAGACAGGUUGACAACAAAGAGCAAGAGCUAGCCAAUGCCCUUAAUGCUGCUGCAGUUGCUGAGAGUGAAUGUGAGAAAUUGAGGAUAACGCUGGAAGAAGAGCAAAAACUUGUCCAAAGGCUUAAACUUGAGAAACAUGAUGAGGCACAGCUAGCUAAGAGACAAAUUGAAGGGAUAGGUCAAGAAUUAGCUGACAUGCGAAAAAAUGCUGAGUAUGCUACUACUAGAGCUGAUGUCGCUGAGAAUGAAUGGAUUAAGGCAAAGAAAGAGUUGCAAGAGCAGAGACAGCUUUUGCAAUUGCCAAAGCCAGAAUGUGAUGAGACAAGAAAAAGCACCAUGAGACAAGUUGAAGAGAAGGAACGAGAGUUAGCCAAUGCCCUACUUGCUUCUGAAAUUGCUGAGCGUGAAUGUGCUAGACUUACGAGAAUGCUGGAAGAAGAGCAAAAACUUGUACAAAGGCUUAGACGUGAGAAAGAUGAUGAGAUGCAGCUAGCCAAGAGGCAAAUUGAAGAGAUUGAUGAAGAAUUAGCCCGUGCUCGAAAAGAGGCCAAGUUAGCUCGAAAAGAUGCUGAUGCUGCUGAGAGUGAAUGGACUAAGGUGAAGAGAGAUUUGAAGAACAUGCAAGGGCAUGUCAAAUUUCUGGAAUUGCAAUGUCAAGAGAUAAGAGAAAGUGCCAGUAGGCAAGAUGAAGAGAAGGCACUGAAGUUGGCCAAUGCUCUUAAUGCUUCUGCGAUUGCUGAGCGUGAAUGUGCUAGACUUGCGAGAAUGCUGGAAGAAGAGCAAAAACUUGUACAAAAGCUUAGACUUGAGAAAGAUGAUGAGGUGCAGGUAGCCAAGAGGCAAAUUGAAGAGAUUGAUCAAGAACUAGCCCAUGCUCAAAAAGAUGCUGAGUUAGCUCGAAAAGAUGCUGAUGCUGCUGAGAGUGAAUGGACUAAGGUGAAGAGAGAUUUGAAGAAUAUGGAAGAGCAUGUCAAAUUGCUGGAAUUGCAAUGUCAAGAGAUAAGAGAAAGUGCCAGUAGGCAAGAUGAAGAGAAGGCACUGAAGUUAGCCAAUGCUCUUAAUGCUUCUGCGAUUGCUGAGAGUGAAUGUGCUAAACUUAAAAGAAUGCUGAUUGAAGAAGGAAAAACCGUCCAAAGGCUUAUAAUUGAGAAAGAUGAUGAGGCAGAACUGGCCAAGAGACAAAUUGAAAAGAUAGAUCAAGAAUUAGCCAAUGCUCGUAAAGAAGCUCAACAUGCUCGAAAAGAUGCUGACAUUGCUGAGAAUGAAUGGGCCAAGGUGAAGAGAGAGUUGAAGGAAAAGGAAGAGCUUGUCAAGCUGCUAAAGUUGGAAAUUACGGAUAUAAGAGAAGGUACUAUAAUGCAAGUUCAAGAGAUAAGUGAAGAAUUAGAUGCUGCCAGAAAAGAAGCUGAGCAUGCUCAAAAUGAUGCUGACAUUGCUCAGAAUGAAUGGAUUAGAGCGAAGAAACAGUUGCAAGAAAAGCUUGAGCUUGUGCAGUUGCUAAAAGUGGAAUGUCGGGAGACUAGAGAAAGUGCCAUGAGACAGGUUGAAGAAAAAGAACAAGAGUUAGCUGAUGCCCUUAAUGCUGCCACAGCUGCGUCAUCGAGUUCUGCUGCUGCCCGGGAUUGUGUGAUAUGUCUGACCAAUGAAAAGGACAUGGCUUUUGGAUGUGGACACAUGUCUUGUGAAGAAUGUGGGAAGAUGCUGUCCAUGUGUCCUAUAUGUCGGGAGGAGAUAACCCAUCGGAUCAAACUGUUUCCUGGAUGACAAGGAGUAUUUUAGUGUGCUUUGAAGAUGAUGCAAUGUGUCUGGACUGUGUUCUUGUUUCGGAUCAGAAGGAUACAAGCCAAAAGAUGAUAACUGUUAAUAAUGGAAUCAGAAAGAACGCAACCUAGCAAGACUUGUUUUAGUUGUGAAAAAGAAUGCCUCAAAUGUAAUCACCACGUGCGACUUUUUUCUUGUGCACCUCGUGUGUCUGCAACCAUUAGCUUCUUGAAGCCUUGGGUUGAGCCCAAAGGUAAAUGUAUGCUUUAAUUUAAUGUAAUGGAGUGUCGUGAGCAAAGAGAACUUUACUUUCUGAAUCUUUCUUAAUAGAUUUGGAAAUGGUUAAUUGAAGAUGAGGUGGCAUUAAGUGAA